ACGAAAAACAUAGCAUAAAAACGUGUUCAUGUGUUUCAAUAAUACCGCUUACUGAGUGGUUUUAUAGCAAAACACCUUAUUAUAAAACUUGUAGCUAACAAUAUUUUGGAGACGAUGACAUAGUAUUUUUUUAAAUUUGUAAUUUGCAAAAUAGUUACAGGCAUUUAAAAAUUUAAAAAAAUAGGUUUUUGCGUUGUUGAUUGCUUGUUAAGUACUGCACGUAUUAAAAAUACAAUAUGUCAUUGUAUCCAAAAUAUUGUUCUCUACAACUUUUAUACUAUGGUUUUUGCCAUAAAAUCACUCAGUAAGCUGUAUUUUUCAAUCUAAAAACUAAGUUUUCACGCAAUAAUGAUCUUAAUUACGGCCGACAUGUGCUGCUCUUGUUUCUAGCGGCAGGUCUUGCCGCCGUCUAUGACUUCUGCGUCGACAGGACAGGUCAAAACCGGUUUGUUAUCGGUGAUUUUCAUUUUACAUAUUAUUAUAUUUAUUUUUAUAUUAAUUUCAUUUUCAUAAAAUGAAAUCAAAUAAUGUUAUGAUUAGAAUAUUAUGAUUGUUCUGGUAAUCGAAUACAAUAUACAACUCCCAUUACACCCAACACAUUUUGUUUGGCAUAACAACGCAUUGCACGCAAAAAUAGCGUUCUGUUUAGCCGCACGCUUAUUGACGUUUGCGUACAUAGUGUAUACUAUAUUGCUAUUAAAAUUGUCGAAGUCUUAUAUUUUUACAUUCUUUUUUAAAAAAAUGGGGAAUAAGGAUAACCAAGUAAAACGAUCAAACAGAAAAAAAAAAGCCGAUCUCUCGUAUUAAAUCGAUACAAUAAACCCCAAAAGUAAGUGUUUACGGCGAUUACGCUUGUUUUUAUACAUCAAUAUUGUUUUAUUGUAAUUUUUAAUAUAUGAAGUAGCGUCAACUUUUUUAUUUAAUUACUGUUUAAUUAAAUAAUUGAUUUGUUAGCAAUAUUAAUAUAAAAAAUUUAACUUUUUUUUUUUCAAAGUAAUAAAAUAAUUAUGUACAUUGUGUUUUAUUUUUUUAAAUGUAACUAUAGUUAUUUUAGCCCAGAAGAAAAUGUAAAUAAUUCACCACAAAAAGGCUUUUUAUCUCCAUCUAAAUCUAGGUAAGAUUAUUAUAACUAUAACUAUACACAUUUUUAAAAUAUAUAAUGAAUCGUGAACAAUAUUAUAUUAUACAUUUUUUAAUUUUAUAAAAUAUGUUAUUAAUUAAAAUGGUGGUCAAGUCGAGUACUAUUCUGUUGUACAAUUUACUUUUAGCUACCCAAAUAUUUAUCCAUGUAUCUGCAUGUUUAAUACGAGUUUUGAAAAGGUAAAAAAAUUAGGCACGUAUUAGUCGUAUCACAUAUUCUCUCAUUGAAAAAUAAAAAGUGUUUAUACUUAAAUGUACCGAUUUACUGAAUUGUACGUUGAUUUUAUCAGAAAAAUCCUCAUUUCUAACUAUGAUACUUUCGUAUUUGUUUUAUAUGUCAAUCUCGUAUUUUUAUGUAUUUACGAAUCUUUAUUUUCUGUUAGAUGUUCUUUAGUAACUUCUACGCCUAUGCAUACUAAUACUUUGUUGUCAAGACGUAUUGCUACAAUAAAUAAUUUUUCGUUUGAUGAUAAAAUAGUGGAACCUAGCUCAUUUCAUGGCUAAAUAACAUGGUAUGACAGCAACUCUGACGAUAUUCAGUUGUUACGCGCAUUCAUUGUUAUCACUUGAAAAAUGACGUCAGCCGGUCCCACAAUUUGAAAUACUAUUUAGCGGGAAUUCUUAUUGUAUUAUAAUAAUAUAUUGUAUUGAGUUGAACAUUUUCUAUAAAUAUAUUAUACUAUUAUUAUUACUGCUGCAUAUUUAUAGUGAUUAUAAUUCAUAAUGUAGAGUAAUGGAAAAAUGGAAAAUACAAUAUUUGAUUUCGCGCCUUUUUACCGAGACCGGAUGACGUAGUCAUCAUGCGCAGUAAGCAGUUGCUGUCAUACCAUGUUAUUUAGCCAUGGCUCAUUUAAUCCAAUUCUAGAUAAGUAUGUUUAUUAUUUAUAUAAUAUUAUAUAGUUAUUUGUUAUAUAAUUUUACUAUUUUAUUUAUCUUUGCUAUUGUAUACAUACUAUAUAGUGACAUUACUGACAUUGAAUCAAACAUUAAUAGCCAUAGUUUAACCAUAUCAAAUGAACUACCCAGUACAUCAUCUUUCAAGUAUGAUUAUAUUUAAACAUUUUUUUUACUUCAGUGAUAUUAAUAACUAUUUCUAAUAUUUUAAGUAAAUCUGUGUUUAUAUAUUGCUAUUUAUUUUGUAGUAUGGAUAUUUUGAAUGGCCGUAGAAUAGUUGAUAUAGGUCAUAUUUUUAAUGAAAUUCAAAAUAGUGGUCAUAGUGGUGGAUUUGGAUGUUCAUUUUUAGAUAUGAUUUUUAAAAGAGAAGAAAAAAAUGGUUUCUUCUCAUUUUUCUAUUUUCAUUGUAAAAUUUGCGGUAUUGAAAAAAAAAUAUCUUCUGAAAACCCUAACAAUUUUGAAUGUAUUCCAAUAAAUAAAGCAGUAGUAAAUGCUACACUAGCUAUAGGUAUUGGAUAUGCACAACUUUUUGAACUUGCGGCCUGUAUCGAUAUACCUUCAAUGUCAUCCAAUACAUACCAAUCAAUAUUGUCAUCAGUCGGAAAUGUAGUGCAUGCUUCAGCGUGGGAUGAAAUGAAAAAGGCGGGAGAUGAAGAGAGAGAAAUUGCAUUAAAAAAUGAUCUACGAAAAGAUAUUGAAAAUAGUCCAUAUCACCGAUUUGGACAACAUGACAAUUGUGACAGAUAUUUUUGUUCUGGUUCAAAAUCCGGUGAAAUAAAUUUAGUCGGUGAUGUAGAAAAGUGUGGAUUAAUGAGAGAAGUAAAAAAUAUUAUUCUUCGUCUUGCUAAUAAUUCAAGCAGCCUGAUUCAAGACGUUGAUAAUAAUGCGUGCGAACAAUUCAAUAGUCUAAUCAAUAAGUUUAUAGGUGGUAAAAGAAUUAACUUUACUCAAAGAAACACAUACACUACAAGAAUUGAAGCAGCAAUAGUUUCAUUCAAUUCCAAAGAAUAUUUACGAAGUAUACAUAAAAAAAUGGUUUUUAAAAGUCCAGGACACAUAGGAAAAAAAUAUCUAAAUAAUUUAAAUAGAAUUAGGAAAAAUACUAUAAAAAGAAGAUGUUUAUUUGUAAAUACCGCGAAAAAAAAUAAGAAAAAAAGCUCGUCGGCUCCAGAUAAAGAUUAUGGUUUAGCUGAGCCCCUGAUUGACACUAUAUUACCGGAGGAACUAGAAAUUAAAAAAAAUUGUUUUUUAAAUAAAUUAAAAACUGUUAACCUGCACCAGCUAAAUUUGGACACUCGAGAUCAAAGUGAAAAUCAAAAGUGGUUUCAAGAACGAAAAAAACGUUUGACAGCUUCCAAAUUUGGCGACAUUUGUAAAAUGAGACAAAAUACUAGCUGUAAACGACAAGUCCAUGCAAUUAUAUAUAAACCACAAAUAAAAACGAAAGAAUUAACUCAUGGAAUUGAAAUGGAAUCGUAUGGUAGAAAAAAAUUUGAGGAUGUAAGUCGAUUAAGUGUUGAGACUUGUGGACUAAUUGUAGACAGCGAGAUUCCAUUUUUGGCUGCUAGUCCAGAUGGUAUGGUCGGGAAUGAUGCUAUUCUUGAAAUCAAGUGUCCAUAUAUUGCAAAGGAUACUAACGAUGUAAUCGAAGCAGUAAAUAAUAAAUUGUUACAAUAUUACACACUAUUGCAUACAAAUAAUGGUCAACAGAUUGUGCAAUUAAAAAGAGACCAUAGUUAUUAUUAUCAGGUGAUGGGGCAGUUACACAUUACAAGGAGACAACUAUGCUAUUUUGUUAUGUAUGCAACUAAAUGGAUACAUAUAGAAAAAAUAAUUUAUGAUGCCGAGUUUUGGGAAACAAAAAUGGUUGGAAAACUUACUGCGUAAGUAUUAUUACAGUUU